CGAGAAGAUCCUGCACUAGAUCGAAUGUUCAACCGACUCGCGGCGUGGCUCGUGCCGUCUGCAGGGCCUGACGAUGAGCAUGCGAAGAAGCGAUACGACAUACUGGCCCAACUGAAGAAAGCUGUCAUGGAGGUGUGCAACUGGUAUGAAGAGAAAAACAAGCUCGAGUUCCAAGGCAAGCGGCCACUUGAAGAAGAGGACAUUGGCAUGCAUGACCUAUUGUGGUCUAUCCAAAGCUGUCUGCAACAUGGCCUCCGUGAAGGUGCCACCACUUCCCCGACGUCGACAUGGCUCCUUCUCCACUUUAUCAAGUCCACUUUGACCUCGUCCGAUCCGUCGGCAAGUAUUCCCAUGAUCGGCCAAGUUAUCGACGAAGCAGCGAAGGAAUCAUCGACUGAUGCGGGUCGAAUUCGCUGCUGGAUUCGUCAGGCGCUCAACCAGUCGCUCGUGGACGCCACCCUCGCUUUGGCACUGCUCCCAUCAAACGAACAGUUUCUUUGCGCCACGUACGAAGAUACAGCGCUCUUGCGGUGCCAAGAAGCCACAACCAUCAUGCUCCAGUUGCUCUCAUAUGUCAAAGAGCUCACGUUCAAGCUGCACGUGACGGACCGCGAAUUCUCUCGGCGUCGCACGAGCCUCCCGAAUCUGUCUAGCAUGUCGGGUCCUUCCGCGCUGACGGCCACGCCGGCGACUUCCACCGAGUCGCGCGUCGAUGUGUUGAUUGAGAAGGUUGAAGCGUUGGUAGACGACGUGGCGGCGCAAGCUGACGAGUUCAUGUCGAUGCGCGCCCGCGCCCUCUCGGACCGCAAGAAGGGCAUCAAGCCAUGGCAGCACGUGUUCAAUGUCGAGCUGUCAUUUCUCGUGAAGAACCCGUAUCACACACGCCAUGCUUUCAUCCAUCCGUACUUGGCAGUGCCAAACUUCCUCGUCGAGUGCUUGGACUACUUGAAGGUACACGCGGGCACGCCCCGCCUGUUUCGCACGACGGUGUCGCAGGUGUACGUGUCGCCUGUGAAGGACUACAUCGAGGCAAAUGGAAAGUUUCCGGCGCACGUGGACGCGCAUGUGGCGAGCGCCGUCGUGUUGGAGUUUUUGCGCCACAUCCCGGAGCCGUUGAUCACGUCCGACCGGUACGACGCCUUUAUUGCAUCCAGCCGGAUGGCGAACGAGGCGGACGGCGUUCGGAAUCUCACGUGCUUGGUUGCCGACUUGCCGGUCGAGUACAAAGUGACGAUGGAAGUGGUGUUUGGCGCGCUCGCAGAGAUUCUUGCGCACGCAGACGAGAACGGCCUGAAUGUGGUGGCGCUCUCGAUCGCCCUUGCGCCAGCCAUCGUGCGGAAGCGCGAAACGAGGGAAAAUAAGUCGCAAAUGCAGGCGCAGGAGGUCCGAAUGGCCGCCAUCGGAGCCCAUGUUGUGGAGCUCCUUCUCCUGCAUCACACGGUGGUGUUUCAACCAGUGCGCGACCAGAUUGUCAAGGCGAAAGAGGAAUUUCAAGCCAAACAAGCCUUUCUCGAGAUGUUUCCGGCGAUGCUCAAACAACCGGUCCGCACCGACGACGCCGACAUGAUGUCCAUCUGGACCACCCUCGCGGCGCACCAACGACAACUUGAGCAGGAAGCGCUGCAACUAGACCAACCCUCGAUGGGAUCGACCACCGACGGCUGCAAGUCGCACGUGGAUGCGUGCAACGACUGGCUCGUCGAGGACGCAGCAUUGUGGCAGCGCUUUGGCUUUCGCGAAGGGACGGCGUUGGCGAAUUUCAACGUUGGCGGGCAGUUGCUCCUGCAAUGCGUGGCUUUUUUCUUGCGUACGGAUCCAACGGGAUGCCAGCUUCUGGCAGAGCGCGUGAACGAGUACAACAUGGGCGAGGCGUUCGCGGCGCUCGUGCUCGUGCUGCUCAACGUGUUGAAGCUCGCACCGACGCCGGACCAGCCGUCCCUCGACUUUACGUUGCUCUCGAUGGAGCCUUUCUGGGAGAUAUUUGCCGACCCGUCGUUCUUUCACAAGCUGUUUGCACUGUCCGUGCGGGUGUUCGACUACAACUGGACCAUGAGUCCGCGGCCCGAGUUUGGUCGAAUCCUGGAGGAAACCGAGGCUCAAAUGACGUGGCUCGUGCAGCGGUCGCCAUCGUCGGUGGAGGAUCUCGUCGACGACUGGAUGUUGUAUCGACAGCAAGCUGCAACGAAAGCGACUGCCGAGCAAACCGCCAAAGAGACGAUCACGAUGGAGACCAAGCUCCUGGGCAAGUCGGCCAUUCUAUCCGACGCGUUCGUCGCCGAGCUGGACCAAGUGCUUCCGAUCACUUGCCAGCUAUGCCAGUGGAAGCUCUUGUUCAGGUGAAUUGGAAUCGUCGUGGUUUUGUCUAAACACGGUGGUGAUGGGGCAGCAACGACGUGCAUGGCAGCUCGCUCCUGUCGCUCUUGACGCUGUGCAAAGGCCAGGUUUUGUGCGGUGGAUGGCCAUGUUGAUGGCGUCAAUGGUUGUAGAGCCCAACGCUGAUCUUGCUCAAGGAAGACCGCGGCAUUGUCUUUGGCGGAUUUGCAUCCGACGUGUGGCAGGUGUCGGGCAACUAUCACGGGAACGGCGAAAGUUUUAUCUUUCGAUUCACGCCGCUGGGAAAACUCGACCGGUUUGCGUGGAGCCGCAAAAACAACUAUUUUCAAUUGUGCACCGAGGACUCGCUCGUGAUGGGUGGCGGCAACGCGUUCGGUUUCUUCCUCGACGCCGACCUGGUCCAUGGCACAACCGGCAAGUGCGACACGUUCGCGUCCAACCCGCUCGUGCCAGGCGAAGCCUUUUCGUGCACGAAUGUCGAAGUGUGGGGGUUUACCAUGGAUAGCAGAUAACGACACAAUCUCCAACCAGUCUCGUGGAGGUCGGUGAUCGCCAUGGCAGUGGUGCGGCGACAUCUCCUACGAUGCGUCCCCAACGUGUGGAUCUCGCGCAAAG